GAAUUAGUGCAUUUGAGUGACUAGACUACCAUCCACUGCACAUUAUCAAAUACCGUAAGAAAAAAGGCGAAUAAGAAGAAAUUAAUUGUUUAUUACUAAGUUCCGGAAAAAUUAUUCGAUAUACAUUGAAGAUAUUGGGCUAUUGUUUAAAUACCCUGGAUUUUAGCACCUACUUUUGAAAGCGAUGUCGCGUGACGGAAAGACGGCAGUUCGGCUUAUGCGACCCGGUGUAGUUGUAUUAGUUCUAGCCGGUCGUUACGCAGGCAGAAAAGCAAUUGUUAUCAAGAGCUAUGAUGAGGGUUCUGGAGAAAAACCUUAUGGGCACGCGUUAGUUGUUGGCAUUGAUCGAUAUCCACGACGCAUCCUCAAAAGAAUGGGGAAAAAACGAAUGGAAAGUCGAUGUAAAAUCAAGCCUUUUGUGAAAGUUGUCAAUUAUAACCACCUGAUGCCUACAAGGCAUUCAGUGAAUAUCGUUUUCGACACCAAGGUUAUCAAUAAAAACGCAUUAGGUGACAAGUCAUUGCGGAAAAAGGCGAAAUUAGAAGCUAAGCUAAAACUACAGCAGAGGUACAAAUCCAAUGAAAAUCCCUGGUUUUUCCAUAAACUGCGAUUCUAAGCAAAGGAUUAUAACAACGAUGUCUCUGUAACAUAAGGGUAAUUAAACGCUUGUUUUGGU